AUGCUGAGAUCACAAGUGUCCUCAGUGUUGCGUAAAGCCUCGUUUCCCGGAAGGCUAUCUCGGCGGGUGUUUCGCCAAACACAGCUGCUCCAUACUACGAGAGCUUAUUGUGGCCCACAAGUUGCGAUUGUGAACUCUCUACAAUAUGAAAAGAUCUAUAGACCUGAUCCAAAAAUGCUAGAUCGUCCCUUGGAUUCCUUUGCAAGACGCCAUCUCGGACCUAGCCCAAAGAACGUUGCGUAUAUGUUGAAAACCAUGGGUUACGAAGAUUUAGACGGGUUUGUUAAUUCUCUGGUGCCACCUGAUAUUUUGAAGAAGAGGCCCUUGCUAUUGGAAGCGCCAGCCGAGGGGUUUGGUGAGCAGGAAAUGUUGGAACAUAUGGAACAGAUCGCGAAUAAAAAUAAGUAUAAAGUCAAAAAUUUAAUCGGGAAAGGUUAUUAUGGUACGAUUCUUCCUCCAGUAAUCCAAAGGAAUUUAUUAGAGAGCCCAGAGUGGUACACUUCGUAUACUCCAUAUCAACCGGAAAUAUCCCAAGGCAGAUUAGAAUCUUUAUUGAACUUUCAAACUGUGAUCUCUGAUCUGACCGGUCUGCCUGUUGCCAACGCAUCUCUGUUGGAUGAAGGUACGGCAGCAGGUGAGGCCAUGCUGCUUUCAUAUAAUCUGUCUAGAAGGAAGAAGACCAAGUAUGUGAUUGAUUCCAGGGUUCACCCGCAAACAAAGAGUGUGCUACUUACAAGAGCACAUCCAUUCGAUAUCGAACUGAUAGAAAUUGAUACAUCCCAUGUUGAGAACGCCCUUGAAGUAUUAAAGGAUCCCAAGGUCGCAGGGUGUUUGGUGCAGUAUCCUGCUACUGAUGGUUCAAUACUUUCUGGUGAAGUUCUAUCAAGUUUUGCUGAAGUUUUACAUGCCAACAAAGGGUUGUUUUCUGUCGCUUCUGAUUUGAUGGCCUUGACUUUACUGAAACCACCUGCAGAUUUUGGAGCUGAUAUUGUUUUAGGAUCUUCUCAGAGAUUUGGUGUUCCAAUGGGGUUCGGCGGACCGCAUGCAGCAUUCUUUUCUGUUGUCGAGAAAUUAAACAGAAAGAUUCCAGGAAGAAUUGUCGGAGUUUCGAAAGAUCGUUUGAAUAAGCCAGCUUUGCGUUUGGCUUUACAAACAAGAGAACAGCAUAUCAAGCGUGAUAAGGCCACAUCAAAUAUUUGCACAGCACAAGCGUUAUUAGCGAAUGUCGCUGCAAAUUAUUGUGUUUAUCAUGGGCCCGAGGGUUUAAAAGAUAUUGCAGAGAGAAUUUAUGGCAUGACAACAAUUUUGGCAAACGCCAUUCAAUCUAAAUUUUCGAAGUUUUCUAUAAGUAACAAAAAUUGGUUUGACACGUUGACUAUUGAUUUGAAUGGUAACUCCUCAUCUAAAGCAAUUUUGAACAAAGCACUAGAGAAAUAUAACAUGAAUCUGUUUGCUGUUGAUGAAAAUAUUGUAUCGUUAUCGCUAGAUGAAACAACUACGAGAGAAGAUUUAGUAAAUCUGGUAAAAAUAUUCACAGACUCUUCCGAUGUUACCAAGUUCAUAUCGGAGGGAAAUGAAUUUCCUGUAUUUCCUAAGCAAUAUGCUCGUUUUGACAAGAUUUUGACCGAUCCAGUCUUCAAUACGCAUCACAGCGAAACCGCUAUGCUAAGAUAUUUACACCGGUUGCAAUCUCGUGACUUAUCAUUGGCAAACUCUAUGAUUCCCCUGGGUUCUUGUACAAUGAAGUUGAAUUCUACUGUGGAAAUGAUGCCUAUUACUUGGCCUCAAUUUGGAAAUAUUCAUCCUUUUCAGCCUGUGGAUCAAGUCGAAGGAUAUAAAGAAUUACUGUCUUCAUUAGAGAGGGAUUUAUGUACAAUUACUGGGUUUGAUGGAAUUUCGCUUCAGCCAAACUCUGGUGCACAAGGUGAAUACACUGGUUUGAGGGUUAUUAGAUCUUAUUUGGAAAGUAAAGGUGAAUCACAUCGUGAUGUAUGUUUAAUUCCUGUAUCUGCACAUGGAACUAAUCCGGCAUCCGCUGCUAUGUGUGGCAUGAAAGUGGUACCUGUGAACUGCCUAACUGAUGGUUCGCUAGAUCUAUCUGAUUUGAAGCUCCAGGCUGACAAGUAUAAGGACAAUCUUGCUGCGGUUAUGAUUACUUAUCCUUCUACCUAUGGUUUAUUUGAGCCAGGUAUACAAAAUGCUUUCAAAGUCAUCCAUGAAAAUGGUGGUCAAGUUUAUUUGGACGGUGCUAAUAUGAAUGCACAGGUCGGGCUGACUUCGCCGGGAGAUUUGGGGGCAGAUGUCUGUCAUUUGAAUCUACACAAGACUUUCUCCAUUCCUCAUGGCGGUGGAGGUCCUGCAGGUGCUCCAAUUGGUGUGAAAUCUCAUUUAAUUCCACAUCUACCAAAGCAUGAUGUUGUUGAUAUUGUUACGGCUGUCAAGAGUGAAUAUUCAAUUGACUCUGUGGGAUCUGCUCCUUAUGGUAAUCCUUUAGUUUUACCAAUCUCAUAUGCAUACAUCAAAAUGAUGGGCCGUGAAGGUUUGCCCUUUUCCAGUGUUAUAGCCAUGCUAAAUGCUAACUAUAUGAUGACAAGGUUGAAAAAUCAUUACAACAUUCUUUUCAUUUCGCAAGAGAGCAAAAACAGGCAUUGUGCUCAUGAGUUUAUUAUAGAUUUAAGGGAAUAUAAAAAGAAGGGUGUUGAAGCGAUUGAUGUUGCCAAAAGAUUGCAAGACUACGGAUUUCAUGCGCCAACAUUAGCAUUCCCAGUUCCCGGGACUCUAAUGGUCGAGCCUACAGAAUCAGAGAAUUUAGAAGAAUUGGAUAGAUUUGUUGAUUCGAUGAUUGCAAUCAAAGGGGAAAUUGAAGCCUUCAUUGCAGGGGAACCAAAGGGUCAGGUAUUAAAAAACGCACCACAUUCCUUAGAGGACUUGGUUUCAGAAGAUUGGUCUGCCAGAGGGUAUACCCGUGAGGAAGCUGCCUUUCCUUUAGCAUUUCUUAAAAACAAUAAAUUCUGGCCUCCGGUAGCAAGGCUAGAUGAUGCAUAUGGGGACAUGAAUUUGAUGUGUACAUGUCCUUCUGUACUUGAGGUCGCGAAUGAUGACGCGUAA